AUGAAAAGCUUCGUCGUUGUGUGCUUUUUCGCGGUGGUGGGUGUAGCCCUCUGCCGGCCCGAGCACUACACCGACCGUUACGACAACGUCAAUUUAGACGAGAUCCUCGACAACCGUCGCCUGCUCGAGCCCUACGUUAAGUGUAUGCUUGAUAAGGGCAAGUGCACACCUGAUGGCAAAGAACUCAAAUCACACAUUAAAGAGGCUCUCGAGAACAACUGCGGGAAAUGCACAGAGAAGCAGAAAUCUGGUACAAGGCGUGUCAUUGGUCAUUUAAUCAACAACGAGAAAGAUUACUGGAAUCAGCUCACCGCUAAAUACGAUCCACAGCGCAAAUACGUGGUCAAGUACGAGACAGAACUACGCAAAGUUGCUGUUUAA